UUCUUAGAUUAGACGUGUUCUUCCUACAUGCACAGGAAACCCACAUAACCAAGUAACCCAGAAAAGCAUAAAUCCUUGUCGUAUAAAGUGUCGGUUAAUCCAUGCAAUUGGCGCCUCCACCCCUCUAAUUUCCCCUACUUCAUUUUCAAGUUUUAACAACAACACAGAACAGAACAAUUUGUUUUUCUCUUCCGAAAUGGAUCCAACCCCGACGUCCGAUGGCCGAACCGAAAUCUGCUUUUUCGAUUUGGAAACCACCGUCCCUCAACGGCGUGGCCAAGGCUACGAUAUUCUCGAAUUUGGUGCCAUUUUAGUCUGCCCCAGAAGGCUCCUUGAGCUCGACAGCUACUCCUCCCUGGUCCGUCCCGAGGAUCUCUCUUCUGUUUCCCCUUCCUCCCUGCGCUGCAACGGCAUCACUCGGAACGAUGUCGUUUCGGCGCCUCCCUUCUCCGAGAUCGCCGACAAAGUUCACGACCUUCUUCAUGGAAGGGUUUGGGCGGGGCAUAAUAUAGUGAGGUUUGAUUGCGUGAGAAUAAGGGAGGCGUUCGAAAAGAUCCAUAGGUCAGCGCCGGAGCCUAAGGGAAUUAUUGAUUCUUUGCCGUUGUUGACACAAAGGUUCGGAAGGAGAGCUGGUAAUAUGAAGAUGGCAACUCUUGCAAACUAUUUCGAGAUCGGAGUGCAGACACACAGGAGCUUGGACGAUGUUCGAAUGAACCUCGAAGUUGUUAAGUACUGUGCUACAGUUUUGUUCCUGGAAUCAAGUCUCCCGGAUAUAUUGACGACGAAUGGAACAGGUUCACCAAUACCAACGAGAAGUAGCAGUAAUACCAAGUCGUCUCCCGAGCAGCCUAACCCGAACAUGAACAACUUUUCUUCAAGUUUAACUCCUGAAAAUGUUUCAAAUCCAUCUCCAAGAAACAGUGAACAUCAUCCUAUAAUCUCUAUUCUGACUCAUCACACUGGAGAGGCAAAUGCAGAUGUGUCAAAUCUGGUUCAACCGGAUCCUUUCAACAUGGGCGUACUCAGAAAAGAAAUGAAAACCGAGGCCCUUCAAUCAGAUGUCAUUAUGAAAGAAAAAACUCAGCUCGAGUCUCAGGAGAUAGAUAUUGCUGAAGGUAGUAGCAGUUGUGCAGAGUUCUUAGAAGCUAAUGAAGUUUCUCCAAGCUCCAUCAGUGCAUCCCUCAUCCCAUAUUACCAUGGCACCCAUCGAAUAAGACUGUUUCAUGAAAACAUUGCUCUGCAACUGUUUUGUCCUUGUUUGAGAGUGCGAUUUGGAGUCAAUGGAAAGUUCCUUGGUCAAGCUGGCCGGCCACGUUUGAGCUUCGUAGUCGAUGCUUCUCCGAGUUUACGUGAGAUUCUAGAUGCUUGUGACAAUGCUGCAAAAACAAUCUUUGAAGAUUGUGGAAGCAGUUCUGAAUGGAAGCCUAUCGUGGGCAGGAAUCACCGGUACAUCAACAAUCCAACCGUGAGACUGAACAUACCCACAAUAGUCAAUGAUGGCAUCGCCCGAUAUGCUGCGGAGAUUCAUCAGAAGGACAGCUCCGGUACCGUGCAAAAGCUUGUAUUCAGCAAAAUUGAUGCUGCAGAGCUUGGUAACUUAUUCAGACCUGGGAUCUUUGUGGAUUCAUUCUUCAGCUUGGGCACUUAUGAUUAUCAGGGGACGGCAGGCAUUCGACUGGUGGUGAAAAAGCUGGUUAUACUUUCGGAUUAGUGGAGUUCAAAGGCAAAGAUCAAUCCAUUGUUUACAGAAAUGUAGUAGCAUUGUUUAUGUUAUAGUCCAACUCAUAGGUAUGAAUUGAUCUCUCACAUUCAUUGCUUUGUACGAAAAGAAGAAAUAAACAAAGAUUGAUUGAUUUUC